CACUUUGCUUUCUCUUUUGAAAGAUGCUCUGUCUGUGUCGACUUGUCAAAAACAGAUUUGUUUAGUUUUUUCAUAAAGAAAAUCUAUUACAUCGGAGAAAAUCGUUUACGUUAACUAAUGUGUGGCAAGUUGUGAUUAAAUUAGUGAUUAUAGUGUAGCUAAUUGACCUCAAAACCUGGUCAUAAUGUCUCAAAGAGAUCCAGGACCCAUACCGAAUAGGUGGUUGAGAUGUCCACGAAAAGCAACGGGACUCAUUGCUGAUAAGUUUAUGGCUUUCAAGACACCUUUGGGGUCUCAAUUCAAUGAUAAAGUACCUGAGGAAAAUCGUUUUACUCCAUCCAUGUUAUUUAUGUACAUGAAAAGUAUGAAAAUCAAGUUAGGUCUUUGGAUAGACCUGACCAACACCAGUCGAUUUUAUGACAAGAAAGAGGUAGAGGAGACUGGUUGUAAGUAUGUAAAGUUGCAGUGCAGAGGCCAUGGUGAGACACCAUCUCCAACUCAGACUAGGGAAUUCAUCCAAUUAGUUAGCAAAUUUGUGAGUCAGAAGCCUUUAGAGUUGAUUGGAGUACAUUGUACUCAUGGCUUCAAUAGGACCGGGUUCCUACUGGUUUCCUACAUGGUGGAACAUCUGGAUUGCAGUGUGCAGGCAGCCAUCAAUGAGUUUGCAAGGAUGAGACCCCCAGGAAUAUACAAACAAGAUUAUUUACAAGAGUUGUUCCGUCGCUAUGAUGAAGUGGAGUUGACUCCCGCUGCGCCUAUGCUGCCUGACUGGUGUCAUGAGGAAGAAGAGGAGGUUGAUGACGAUGUCCCAAGUCACUCGCAGAACUCAUCAUCAUCCACCCCACGCAAACACAAAGGCAAGGGGAGAAAGGAGACUACCCAUAAAAAGGCCAGUUUCAUGCCAGGUGUCCGGGGAGUGGAGCCUUUUGACACCCAACCACGGCUCAGUGAGGUGCAGAAGAAAGCUCAACAGUUCUGCGAGUGGGACACCACUGGGUUUCCUGGCUCACAGCCUGUGUCCAUGGACACUACCAACUUGAGGAAACUGCAUGAGAAGCCUUAUAGAGUAUCGUGGAAGGCUGAUGGAGUAAGAUACAUGAUGUUGAUUGACGGCGAAGGAGAAGUGUACAUGUUGGACCGAGACAACUGCGUGUUCAAAGUACAUGGCCUGCAGUUCCUAUACAGAAAAGAUCUGAGAAGACACCUGAGGAAUACUCUACUUGAUGGUGAAAUGGUAAUCGAUAAAGUGGAUAAUAAGGACAUACCUCGGUACUUGUGUUACGAUAUUAUAAGCUUUGAAGGCGUCGAUACCGGCAAAAUGGAGUUCUUCCCGACUAGACUGAAUUAUAUCGAAAAUGAAAUUGUUAAUCCUAGACACCAAGCGAUGAAGGAAGGUAUAAUCAAAAAGGAGAGGGAGCCGUUCAGUGUCCGGUUGAAGCAAUUCUGGGAGUUACCGAUGGCGCGACAGUUGCUCGGAGAGAAAUUCGCUAAGACAUUGUCUCAUGAACCUGACGGGCUUAUAUUCCAGCCUUCUAAGGAGAGGUACGUACCAGGCCCUUGCGAAGAUGUGCUGAAGUGGAAACCAAGUAACAUGAACAGUGUGGACUUCAGACUGAAAAUUGUCACAGAGACUGGCCAGGGCCUCUUACCAACAAAGAUUGGUUACCUAUACGUAGGUAAAAUGGACCAGCCCUUCGCAUCAAUGAAAGUGACGAAGGAUAUAAAACAUUUGGACAACAAAAUCAUUGAGUGUACCUUCGAGCAAGGACGCUGGGUCUUCAUGAGGGAACGGACGGACAAAUCUUUUCCUAAUAGCUACAAUACAGCUGCUUCCGUCUGCGAGAGUAUAAAGGACCCAGUUACUAAGGAGAUCCUACUUGACUACAUAGACAAUCAUAGGUUCCACGACGACUCGGAUAUGAUGCCGCCUCCAAAGCGCAUGCGUCGAUAGCGUUCUCCAUAAUGUUGCCAGUACAUAAAAAAUAAAGAUGGCGCGAUUGUCAAUGUUAUUUCGUUUUUUUUUUUUAAUGUUGUGACUCUUGUGACUGAAAAAUAAAAUUGAUGGGAGCUAUGAUAGAUUCGUUAAGAUUAUAGUUUUUAAAAGUAGUAAUUAUUAUUCUCUAUUACCUAAUCUAGCUUUGUAUUGCGUGGCAUAUAAUUUCUCAAAAUACCUAUACUUUUUCUUUUAUUAUAACUUCCGUGAACCAUACUAAAUUAAUGAUUAUGUUAUCAGCUUACUCACGUAUCUGUUUGACGAAGAACUCGACUAGUUUCAACGCAAUACACACAGUAGCAGCGCUACAAUCGCCGCGUCGUGUGUCGCGGAAUGCUGCUCAUAAAUAUGGGUCUCUAGCAUGGCUUGAAACUAGUCGAAUUCCUCGUCAAACAGUUACAUGAGUAAGCCGAUAAUGAUAAUAAUUAAUAUACUUUUCUUGCCUUUUUUUAUAACUAAUUCGAAUUUCCUGUGAUACAUGCUGAUUGCCAACACUUGUAACUCCUGCGCAUUCUGUGAUCUUUUCUAUUUUUAUUUAUUUUCAACUUUAUACCAAAACUAUACGGUCUAAAAUCCUACAAACUGUGUUGUGUUUUUAUUAUGAAGAGUUAAUUUUCAGUAUUCUUUAUUCCUUCAGUCGUUAUAAGACGAAUUAUUAUAAUACGGAAAUGUUAAAUUAAAUUAUUAAGAACAUAAGCCUGGUAUAUUUUUAUCAUUAUAACUUAGAAACAAUAGUGACAAUCGAACCACUUUAUAUCGUAAUUUGAACUCUACUGCGUUAAUAAUAAGUUACUUAAUGUAAAAUAAAGAUACUGUAAUAACAAGGGUACCAUACUAUGAAACUACAUUUAUUUGGGAAAUCUCGUGAUUUCCCCCCUUUUGUGAAUUAUUAUGGAUUAAUUAUUAUGUUUUUCGGCUUACUCACGUAAUUAUUUGACGAGGAACUCGACUAGUAGCAGCGCGAUAAUCGCCGCGUCGUGUGUCGCGGAAUGCUGCCUAUGAAUAUGAGCUUCUAGCAUGGCUUGAAACUAGUUGAGUUCCUCGACGAAUAAUUACGUGAGUAAUACGAAAAAUAUAGUAAUUAAUUUAUUAUGGAUUGUUACAUUAAAAUAAGUUAACGUGAAAUAAAUAUCUAUAGUUAAUUUAUGGAGAAAA